AUGACGGAAUCAUGCUGCUGCCUCUCAACGCACCCACCUGAGUAUUAUGAUUACAAAUAUGGCAGCAAUGGAGGACUUCUUCUGGGCUCGACCACCGUCAAGGUUGUCGACGUUAUCACAGGUAAGGAGCUGGGAGUAAACGAAACAGGCGAGAUCCUUGCCAAAGGUCCACAAAUCGCGAUGGGUUACCUCGCCAACCCAAGGGAGACGGCAGAGACAUUCGGUGCAGAUGGCUUUCUACAUACCGGAGAUGUUGGGAAAAUCGACGGCCAGGGUUUCAUUCAUAUAGUCGACCGAAUCAAGGAGAUGAUCAAGGUCAAGGGCCAGCAGGUGGCGCCAGCGGAUCUGGAACAUCUUUUGGUAGGCCACCCGAGCGUCGCCGAUUCUGCCGUAAUUGGGGUACCCGACGAGUAUAGCGCCGAGCGACCGAAGGCAUAUAUCGUGCUUAAGUCUGGUGUAAAGCCUAGCGACGGUCUCGGCAAGGAAUUGAUGGAUUAUAUCAAAGAGAGACGGGUCCGAUACAAGUGGGUGAAGGAGAUCGAGUUCAUAUCUGAGAUACCCAGAAAUCCUAGCGGCAAGAUUCUACGAAGGGUGCUCAAAGCAAGCAAUGGCCCGACAGGACAUGUUGUCAAGGAUGUUUCGGUUCGAGCAAAGAUAUAA